AUAUGUAUAUAACUAUAUACGAACUAAUCUCUUAGGUCAAGUUCAUAAUGUUUACUGGAGGUUAACGCUAGCAAAAUGUUAAAAAGUAUCAGUCCACGCGACGCACGCAAGCGGUAAAUCAUACACAAUUUAAUUUAUUACUUUAAAGUUUUAAUAUGUUGUUGUUUUCUCUCUUUCUGAUAUUCAGUUGUGAUGUGUGCGUGAGCGAGAAAAGUGAUUUAGGAUACGGACUCAAUAUUGGAAAUGCGAUCGACGUAUUUGCAAAUUACGGCGAUCUAUCUCAAGUGACACAAGUGGUGUCAGCUGAUUAUGAAGAUGAGAAACAAGAGCCAACUGUACCAUUUAGCGAGAAGAAUAUUAGAGUAUUCACAAAUGCUACCAGCUCAGAAGACAACAACGAAGCUUCAUCUCAAAUGGACAUAUUGCUGUGUGAAACAUUCGAAAACUUGUUAGACACGUAUUUUAGUAACUUUAAAAUUGAAGGAACAGACAAGCCAUGGAAAGCUUUCAUGGGGGACUGGAUAUUUGACGAGAUGCUGCGCACUUUGGGCAUCAUAUACGACGGAAAAGGCGACAACUGUUGCUACGUCCUUAUCAAGCUGACUAAAAUACAUAAGUCCGUCAAACUUGACGAUUUGUCACAAGUAACAAUAAAGGACUACGUCGAAACGGCUAUAGAUGAAUUGGACUUUAGAGAUCCAAUUAAAGUUAGGAAAUUCAUGAAGAGUUAUGGGACGCACUAUAUUGAUUCUUACGUUACUGGCAACUUCAUUUAUCAGGUGUUCAAAUAUAAGAGAAAUUGGUUCAACAUUCUGAAGGCUAAGAUACGCAAUGCACGUCACACGGGAUCAAGUAAUCUACGAAUCUAUUUCUCUUCAAUCUUCUUGACUCAAGUUGGCGAUAUCAAGAUAGCGAGCGGUAACAAGACAGUAGAAGACUGGGCGCGACGCAAUCUCCGCGACAGUCAGUAUUUAUAUUCGAGGCCGAGUCUACUGCGAUUGCAGUACAGCCCUAAGUUAACUUCUAAACUCAAUCAGUUUCUCGACAACGGAGCCCUAUUGGGACUGAGUCUUAAGACUUUAAGACCGUUAUUCAGAGACCGGCGUAAAGGGAAUCUUUACGCUGAGUUAGUGGAAAAUGAUCUCCAAUUGUGGGAGGUUAAUGCUUAGGCAUUUAAAUUAAAAGUGAGAUAAUAAAGUAAAUUAAUAGCAAAUUAAC